AUGGCGUCGAUGAGGGACAGUGACACCGGCCUGUGGCUCCAUAACAAGCUGGGAUCAACGGACGAGUUGUGGGCACCUUCUAGCAUUGCUUCGCUGCUUACAGUUUCUGUCAUCGACAACAUACGCCUGUGUUUUUCCAGUUUGUCGCCUCCCGUGAAGUUAAAACUCUUGCUUGGGAUGCUGCAUCUCCCAAGGCGGACUGUGGAUGAGAUGAAGGAGGCUCUCUCAGAGAUCAUCCAGCUGGCCACACUGGACUCUGAACCCUGGGUCCUCAUGGUGGCUGACAUUCUUAAGUCCUUCCCUGAGACUGGAUCCCUUAACCUGGACCUUGAGGAGCAGAACCCAAACGUCCAGGACAUCCUCGGCGAGCUUCGAGAGAAAGUGAGCGAGUGCGAGGCCUCUGCCAUGCUGCCCCUGGAGUGCCAGUACCUGAAUAAGAACGCCCUGACCAUGCUGGUGGGGCCUCUCACGCCCCCCGUCAAGCACUUUCAGCUCAAGAGGAAACCCAAGAGUGCCACGCUGAGGGCCGAGCUGCUGCAGAAAUCCACAGAAACUGCGCAGCAGCUGAAGAAGACUGCCGGGGUGCCUUUCCACGCCAAGGGGAGGGGCCUGGUCAAGAAGAUCGACACGACAACGCCCCUCAAGGGAAUCCCGAAAGCCCCUUUCCGAAGUCCCACCACUCCCAGCAUGUUCAGCCCCCCCAGCAACAGAACCCCCAUCGCCCCCGCACGGACGCCCAUGCGCAAGGAGAGGGGAGUCAAGUUAUUGGACAUCUCUGAGCUGGACAUGGUGGGAGGCGGGAGAGAAGCCAAGAGGAGGCGGAAGACUAUGGACGCGGAAGCGGGCGAGAAAGCCGCCAAGGAGGAGGCGGUGGUGGAGAACACCACGCCGGACUACGCCGCCGGCUUGGUGUCCACACAGAAACUGGGGUCGCUGAACAGCGAGAGCGCCCUGCCGUCUACGAGCUACCUGCCCGCCACGCCCAGCAUGGUGCCCUCGUCCUCCUACAUCCCCAGCUCAGAGACACAGCCCGCGAACGCGGGCGGUUCGGGGCGCGAGGCCCUGCAGCCCAGCCGGCAGGCCGAGGACUCGGCGGCCCCCGGCACCACGCUACCCGGCCAGUUCAAACAGAGGCCGCCCAUGUACAACAGCAGCAACACCAGCCCCACCGCCCCCACCUCGCCCACCACGCCCACCAGCACCCCCACCAACAGCGCCCCGCCCACCGCCGCCACAGCCACGCAGCAGGAGACGCCCACGCAGCCCCCGACCUCCCAGCCCACGCCUACGCCCGUUGCCCAGCAACCGGCGCCCAAGAAGAACCUCUCGCUUACGAGAGAACAGAUGUACGCCGCGCAAGAAAUGUUCAAGACGGCGAACAAGGUCACCCGACCGGAGAAGGCCCUUAUCCUGGGCUUCAUGGCCGGAUCACGAGAGAACCCGUGCCCAGAACAGGGUGACAUCAUCCAGAUCAAGCUGAGCGAACACACGGAGAUCCUGCCCAAAGCAGACGGGACGGGAAGCACCACCAUGCUCGUGGACACCGUGUUCGAGAUGAACUAUUCCACAGGCCAAUGGACUCGCCUCAAGAAGUACAAGCCAAUCACCAACGUCUCCUGAGGGAGCUGGGAGCUGGGCGGGGCAGGGCGGGGCGGG